AGAUAUGCUAGUGAUGCUUUUAAUGACAAUAAGUGCAUCUGCUGCCCCGAUUGAGGACGGAGACACUUACAAUAGACUGGACAUGUGCCGCACUUUGUUAGAUGAUGAGAAUUGCAGUCGUACCAUGCCGAUUUUCCAUAAGCUAUACCCAGUCACAAAAAUUGGCGACAGGCUUAUAAUACGAGUGAAUCCUGAGUCGCGUCCACAUUAUGGCAUUCAUUCCGAUUUUCUACCCUAUAAUUGUCAUGUUAUUAGACGAGAUCAACCAACCACGGAAGACAAUGCUUUUGUACUUGGCGGAUGUCCACGUAAAUCAAACGUUGCAAUCUAUCACUCGAAAGCGCCUGUAAGAAUACAGUUUACAAUGCGAGACGUCUUAGACGGAUAUGGACUGCAAAUGAGUGGCAAUUAUACGGUAAAAUGUGUCGUUGGUGAGUGCUCCCGGAAGGAAGGAAGUACGAUUAAUAGAUGUCCGGACUACGAUCACUGUGAGAAGGGAGAUCCCUGGCACCCCGAUCUUUCUUACGUAAACGUCCAUCAGCUACCUGCUUACAUCAAUCUGCAAUACUAUCCAAUGUACAGAACGGCUAAAUAGCAUAACUCCAUCAUAGAGUAUUACCUGUGAUAAAUUGGC